UUGCUUUCGUAGGCGCAGCCCUUGUUCCGGAAAGCCAUGUGCGUGACUCAAUGAGACACUGCUGCGGCCGAUGAAGCUGGGCCUGGCCCUGCCCUAUGGGGGCGUUGCAAUGCCUUUCCACCGCGGAUUCUGCAAAGCUGUUGUAUCAGAUCGGCGCCCGCUGAGUACACUUGCAUCUGUUCUUCUGGCAAGACUUGGCUACAACCAGGUAUUCAAGCGAGGAUUGUGCCUUUCGAGACGAUCCCACAGUGACAAGAUUGUCCAUAUUACAGACAGAGCAGAUCCGCGCAUCGCACUGUACUUGCGAAGGGACCAACGCGACUGUAGCGUGUACGAUAGACAGGUGAGAGCACUGGCAGAAGCAGCAUUGAAAUCACAGGGCUUCAAAUCAGCGAUGCAAGAGGAGGCGUCCAGCGCAAAGGAAAAGCUCAAACCGCUGAGCAAGCUGGACUGUGUAGUUGAUGUCCACUACAGCCAGACGUGCUUUGAGCAGCUUCAUCAAGCGCUUGCUGCUGGCCAGAAGGUUUACGUGGACUCGGUGAUGCUUGCGCACGGGGACGAGAGCAUGGAGAUGGCAUUGGAGGUGGCGCCCGUGGUUUACUUGCUGCCGCCUGACCUCGUGGGCGAGUUCCGUCAAGACGUGCCUUGGUCUUUGGAGGACGCCCCGCAGGGAACGGCCGGGCGCUUGUUCCGGCGCUUCGAGGGGUGUCGCUUUCUGGUGGCCUUCCCUUGCAGCUCGCCUCUGGCGCAGAUGAAGCCGCCCUUUGUGAUCCUCGAUGGCUUGAACUCGGCCAGCAAUGUGGGGCAGGUACUGCGCACCGCAUAUCACCUGGGCAUCACUUCGGUGGUGGCGGCGCCGGGUGCAUGGAGCUGCCUCAAUGGCCGGGCCAGCCGCGUCUCCAUGGGCUGGUUCUAUCGAAUGAGCCCCUCAGAUCUUAGGACCAGGCUUCCCUACUUGGAUGUUGACGUCACUUCGUCAGUAUGCUUCCAUGCUGCUCGCCCUUUAGCAGCAGCCAUUCAAGAGCUGAAGGAGUUGGGGGUUUGCAUCUACGGGGCUGAGAACCAGUUCUCCGACCCAGUUGCUCCCCAUGAACCUCUGGGCGACCACCGAUGGGCGCUGGUGGUGGGCAGUGAGUUUAAGGGCGUCUCUCAGGAGAUUUUGGAGAUGUGCGACAAGAAAAUCUGUGUCCCUCAGCAGCAGGGCCAAUCACUGAAUGUCGCGCAUGCGUGCUCAAUUUGCUUGUAUGAACUAUCCAAGCACAACGUCAUGGAAAAAACGCACGUGAUUGGACAUGACAAUUGA